ACGGGUGGGAGAGUGGGAAAGGGCGACUGAUGGAGAGACCAUUUUGAAGAAUCGGAGGGGCGAUUUCCUCCGGCGUCUUCUCAACCUUGAUAUUCGUCGGAAUAUUCCUUCUUCCGGCGUCAGGUAUACGCUGUGGAUUUUCCGUUCGUCAGCAGGAUGAAUUUAAUUUCGUGGUUUGUAAAUGUGAACUCAUUUGAGGUUUGGGAAUGACGUGUGCUUUUCGACUAUGUCGUCAAUGGAAUUUCACAGGUGUUUGUGGAUUUAAUCACUCGUCAAGACCAAAAAACAAAAAAGUGAAUUUGCUCCAGUUUCUUCGUAGUUUGUCAAUUUAAUCGUUUGUCGAGGAACACAUGAAAUUGUGAAUCUUGCUUCAGUGAUUUGCUGGGAAUCAGAAACAGAUGACAAUUUAAUCGUCUUAAGCAAAUAAACAGGAAAUUUGUUGGACUUCAAUAAACACUACAUCGAUUGUUUUGAGAUGCCGUACCUAGUACGUGAGCGUCUGUUUAUUGGAAACAUCGGAGAUGCUGCAGAGGUUCUCCAGAAAGGAAGUGAUGAAAUUACACACAUACUAUCAUUUCUAAGUUCAGCAUCAAUUUCAUUCUUCUCGGAAUGGCGCAGUGGAAUUUUGAUUCCAAGCAAAGAAAUUAGUAAGAUUUAUGCUGGAGGAUCAGGGUCUGAAGAUAUAUCAUCCGAUGCAUCAAAGAGUUCACUGUCACCAGAUAAGCUUCUGUACUCACUAGAGAACGCUGGUAAAGAUUUGAAGUUUGUGAGGAUGGCGGUUCCUUUGAGAGAUAUUGAGCAUGAAAAUUUGUUGGACUAUUUGGAUGUGUGUUUGGAUUUUAUUGAGGAGGGUAGGAAAAAGGGAUCUGUUUUGGUUCAUUGCUUUGCUGGUGUAUCCAGGAGUGCAGCAAUUGUUACAGCCUACCUAAUGAAAAGCGAGCAGCUCUCCAAAGAAGAUGCACUCAAAUCAUUACGUGAAAGCUGUGAAACUGUGUGCCCUAACGAUGGUUUCCUGGAUCAGUUGAAAAUGUUUGAGGAAAUGGGCUUCAAAGUUAACCGCACGAAUCCCAUAUACAAGCGCUUCCGGUUAAAAGUACUAGGCGAGUCCUACAACCGUGGAGAAAAAAUCGACGAUUCUAAGUUUGGUGCCGAUCCCGGUUUGCCAGCUGAAACUAUUUCCUCUAAUAUCCAAACAUCAUCUAACGAAACACAUCCAUCUCCUCUAUACCGAUGCAAGAAGUGCCGUAGACUCAUUGCCUUGCAGGAAAAUGUUUUGGAUCAUGUUCCAGGAGAGGGUGAAACAUCCUUCGAAUGGCAUAAAAGGAGGAGUGGGAAUCCUUUUAAUCGAUCCGAUGACAAUGAGUGCUCGUCUAUAUUUAUAGAGCCUCUCCGGUGGAUGACUGCGGCCAUGGAAGGUGCCCUCCAAGGAAAGUUGUCGUGCGCGCACUGUGAGGCGCGCUUAGGAUACUUCAACUGGUCCGGCAUUCAGUGCAGCUGCGGGAGCUGGAUUACGCCCGGGUUUCAGCUUCACAAAAGCCGCGUGGAUAUCAGCAGUGUCUAAAUUUCCCUCAGGUAUGUCAUCUAUCCAUCGAUGAUCCAUCUUCUGGCUUCUUGCAUGGUGUUGGAACUGCAUUUUUUCGAUGCCGGGAAUUCACACGUGCGGUUUAUUCCUGCGUGUAUGAUCUUAGAAAUUGAACUAAACGCUGUGUCAUUUAUGUACAUUUCAAUGCCUACUAUGAAACAAUGGAGCGAGAUUGUGGAUUUAUUGAUGAUUUGUGGUACUGGUAUUUUUUACAAAAAUUACUUGGGAAUCCACCCUUAUUCGUUUUCGUGGAUUUUGAAUUCAA